AUGGCAUCUUAUCCUGCAGUGAUACCUCACUGCCCUCAGACCACAGCUGAGAAUACCACCAUACUGAUGAAGGCUGAUGUCCCUGUGGUCGCUGAGGUGCUCUGUCGCUAUGACAGAAUCUUCAACAUGAAGCAAAUAGAUGAAGUCACGUACGCCAUUGAUGCUACUUUCUCCAGCUUGAACAACUCGCGUAUCUGUGCCUUUCAGAAAAAGGCCUUGACAAACGUGUAUGUGUUGCCGGUAAAUGUGCUGUGGGGGGAUGGGCAUGGGGUGGUGCUGAAGUUCUGGCACAGGACUCUGUUGACAUGUGGCUUUGACUCACACACUGCUGAUUCCUCGGCCCCCCAGAUCAUGUCUGACUUAGGGUUACCCCUAAUAGAAAACCAGAGAAACAGGGGUCCUGUUUCGGAUGCCAUGUUUCAAGUUCAGCUUUUGGAUGUACUGGGUCAACCCGUUGAAGGUCUCCCAGUGGGUAGGAAAACUCAACUGAAAGCCGUCAUGCAAGGAACUAAGGGAGAAGUCGGCUUUCGAGUUACCAGUUGUAACGCUGUUGGGAUCUCUUUUGAAACUAAUACAACAUACGGCAUUAUCCGUGGAGGGUGCGGUGAUGGGAAGGUAUUCUCCAAAUCUGAUGGCUUCACCACAAAUGGGAUGACAGCCCGCAGCCCAGUCUUCAAGGCAUUCAGGCUUAUGGGCAGUAAUCUGCUUGUGUUUGAAUGUAACUUUACCGUAUGCUUCUCCAAUUGUGAUGGCAGUUCUUGCCCUGUUGAAGAAAACCGGAUCCGCCAGAGGCGUUCAUUGGACAUGGACCAUGUGGACAAUUCUAUCACUGAUUUAAAUAGUGCAAAGGGUAGCAACAUCAUUCAUUCGGCAAGGACUCCUGUGAUUGCCCCUCAUGGCAACCCAAGGGUGCUUCAUCCAGAUGGUUUACAGACCACAGUGUCUCAGAAAUUGUGA